UCAAGUCCCCAAAUGGAGGGGUGCGUAUCCCGAAACUCUCCUUUUAGAGAGCCAAACAUGGAGUCCGAGCUCUACCAAGCCGCCGUGAAAGGAAAUGUGCCUCCUUUGCUUGAGUUGCUCGCAAAAGAUAAGCUGCUUCUCGACAGAAUCAUGACCGGGAAUCACACCGAGACUCCUUUGCACAUUGCAGCCAUGCUCGGACACUUGGAAUUCGUGGAAGAGGUCCUAGCUCGGAAGCCCGAGCUGGCAAGAGAGCAAGAUUCUCAGAGUUCGACGCCUCUUCAUCUCGCAGCAGCAAAAGGGUACCUUAACAUAGUGGCAAGCUUGUUAAGAGUCGGCCCUGAAAUAUGUUUCGUCCAUGAUAAAUACGAAAGAAACCCUCUUCAUGUCGCGGCCCUGAAGGGGCAUGUGGAUGUGUUGGAACUCUUGGUUCGAGCGAGACCUGAUGCAGCCCAUAGUGUCAUUGAACAUGGCCAGACAAUCCUGCAUUUAUGUGUGAAGCACAACAGACUUGAAGCUUUGAAGUUUUUGAUAGAUAUCUUGGGUGAUGAGCAGUUCAUCAACUUGAGGGACGAAGAUGGCAACACAAUUUUGCAUUUGGCUGCUGCAGAUAGACAAACUAAGACUAUAGCCUUCUUGAUUAAUAAAGGAAUAAACCCGCACAUUACGAACUCCAGAGGUUUAACAGCACUUGGCCUAUUAGCACAAGGCGAAAGCGUGGGAAGAGACUCAAAGAUUAAGGACUAUGUUCCUCAAACUUUAGAGAAUCACGACCCAUUCGGACCAACAGUCUACGCAAAUAGUACAAUCACCGCCUUCCAUCCACCUGUAGGAGAAGAGGACAAAAGGGAAAGAAAGAGAAAGUGGCAAGAUAGUAUGCAUGAGACGCUAAUGGUGGUAGCGACAUUACUAGCUACCAUGGCAUUCCAACUCAGCAUUACCCCGCCUGGUGGCCUUUGGCAAGACGAUGUUUCAGGUGAUGAAAAGAUCGCAGCACAUACUGCGGGCGACUCUAUAAUGGCAUUUAAGUACUCAGAUGCGUACAAGAAGUUCAUAACAUGUAACACGAUAAGCUUCGUCGCAUCGCUUAGCGUCAUUAUGCUUCUCAUAAGUGGUCUUCCUCUAAAGCAGCGUCGGAUCACUACGUGGAUUGCAAUGCUGACUAUGUGGGUUGCAAUAACAUUCAUGGCAGCCACUUAUGCCAUCUCCAUAUUUGUCUUCACACCAGAAAGCGAACUGAAUAGUACAAGUAAUACAGUUGGAUAUGCGGUGCUGGCAUGGGUUGCAUUGAUGGCUCUUCUUUUCCUGUGCCAUGUUGUUCGCUUAAUCAUGAAGUGUGGACACAAAGUCCUGAAAUUCGUCCGCAAAGCCUCAACAAAACGGAAGCCGGAGGAUCUUAUAGCUUAGUGGUUGUAUAUCGCUACAAAUGUGUUUGUCCCAAAAGAAGUGUCCUGAGCCCUAAGGCCAUGCGAGAGGAGAUGUUAUACAGUAUGUGCUGUUCAGUGUGCCGAUUAGACGACUUAGCUACGAUGCAUUCGAGUAUGUAUGUAUGUGUGUAUGUGCUAGCGAAAACAAUAAAUGUUUUAUGCGUGUUGAAUCUAUGUAAAAAAUGGAGUUUAGAUGUAUAAUGGAUGGUUGGUUUGUUUGAAUAGAUUUGAUUUGCGGUGGUUAGAAUA